UUACUGACACCUGGCGGUGGAGGUGUGAAGCGCAUGCUCCUGUCAGUGUAUUUUCAUGAGGAAGUAGCUCUCGACUCUUGUCGACAGGACGAGGGUCUGCACAGGUACAUCCCUUUCUCCAGGAUGGACUCGAGUGGAAAACCCUCCACAGCACAGAUCGUGGUUUUAGCCACCAGUUCUGCCUUGACCGCCAUCUUCUACUCGAUUUACAAAAACAGAGCUAAAACUGUCUCCAGCUUACAGGAAGCUAAAAAAGUCUCCAUCGAUCAGGACUUGAAAAACAUAUUGUCUGAAACUCCUGGAAGAUGCAUCCCAUACGCCGUCAUAGAAGGUGUGGUGCGAUCCGUGAAGGACACGCUGAGCAGCCAGUUUGUGGAGAACUGCAAAGGCGUCGUGGAGAGGCUGACGCUGAAAGAAGAGAAGAUGGUGUGGAAUCGCACCACACACCUGUGGAACAGCACAGAGAAAGUCAUCCACCAGCGGACCAACACGGUUCCCUUUGCACUCGGGUCUCACGAUGAAGACAUCAGCACCACCGUCCGGGUUAUACGCCCCUUAGAUGCUGCAGAGUUGAACUUGGAGACCACCUACGAGAACUUCCAUCCCUCAGCUAAGUCUCUGUCCACUGUCAUCGGUCACUUCAUCAGCGGGGAGCGGCCCAAGGGCAUCCACGAGACGGAGGAGAUGCUGCGCGUGGGGGACAGUGUGACUGGAGUGGGGGAGCUGGUCCUAGAUAACAACCUGAUCAAGCUCCAACCCCCCAAAGCGGGUCUCAGCUACUUCCUCACUCGGAUGGACUUUGAGUCUCUUCUGAGGAAGCAGACGACAAGCGUCAGGGUGUGGAGGAUUCUGACUGUUGUUUUCGGGGUGGCUGCUUGCUCCACUCUCUUAUUCGUGUUGUGGAGGCUAUACACGCACAGCAGGCAGAGCAGGAAGGAGCGGAGCAUGCUGGAGGAGUUCAAGGAGCAGCAGCGGAGGCGGAUGUGCGAACUCAACCUGGAGGAAAGCAGUCUGUCUCCUUCCAGCUGCACCGUGUGUCUGAGCCGCGAGCGCUCCUGCGUCUUCCUAGAAUGUGGUCAUGUGUGUGCCUGCGCCCAGUGCUACGAGGGUCUGACCGAGCCAAAAAAGUGUCCCAUCUGCAGGGCGCCUAUAGAGAGGGUGGUGCCUCUUUACACCAGUUAAACUGUAAACUUGAGUCUGUUUCUAUGUGUGCUGCGGAUCUUAUUAAACCAUAACCAAACUU